AUGCGCGAAUUUCAGUCAUUCGCCGAUACUUUUUGCCGUUUGAACGCUUAAAAUACUUGUAUUAACGUGCUUAAUCACUUCCGACACUCACUUCGUCUCAAAACUAUCCACAUCGGCCGGUAUGAAAAUUCCGAAAUUGCGGCGGCGAUUGGCCGCGGAGAGCGUAUUGCGAAAUAUGCCAAAAACGUCUCAAACGCGGCGGCGUUUUCACGAAAAUUUCAAUGUUUUCUCUCUUUAAUGUGCUCUUCUUUCGUCGAUAUCAAACACAAAAAUAUCGGAAAAGUGCUGAAAUUGUGGCAAUUUUCAGAAAACGCGUCUCAGAUUAGGCCACGCCCUUUUCCGCACUUUUGGUCGCUGUGAAACCCCCUCGUUCACCCCAAAAACGCGUACAUUUUCAGAAGACUAUGAUGAUUACUGCAAUAUUGGCGAAAAACACUCGACGUUCUUCUUCGCCUACGCCGCCGAUUUCGAUCCGUACACUUUUGCGGACGCCAAGAAGAUUAUCGUUCAGACAAUUUCGAACGAUCGACACAACUAUACAAAGUUGGCGGCGGUGAGAUUCGACACGCAACAAUGGGAGAAUAUCAUCUAUUACGAUGACGUGGCGUGGGUGUUUUAGAAAAAGUCGGUGAGAAUCAUUCAAGUUCAGAAGCUUCUCAAAAGGUUUGGACGAGUUGCCACCGGUGGCGAGUCUCGCUUCGAACGCACUGAACGCCUCGAAUGUUCUGGAUGUUAUUCGAGUGAGCACCGGUGUUUUUUUUUGCGGUUCAUGCAUUUCAAAUUUAGAGCUUUCUCAAUGCCACUGGAAGACCACUCGAAAGUUCGAUGAUUCUGAUAUUUGUCAACAGAUUCCCGGCCUAUGGCACUGGUCUUGAAGCUUCCGAGUUCGAUACCGUCACCAAUAACAAUGUGAAGAUUUUCCCAAUGGUCACGGAUAAGUCCUACGAUGCCGUCGUCAACGACUCCACCAGAUACCUGCCCGCAAUCGCAAACCUCGCCUCGAAUUCAAAUGGUCAUUUUGCCAUCGCUGCAACCAUUACGCCAUUCAUCAACGUUCGGCUUUUCGUGCAACCUAUUUAAUUGAAUUUCGAAUUCCAGACGCUCACUGAGAUAUUGUCCAUUUCCUACAGCAACAGCCUCGCGUUCACCAGAUCCGUGUAUUAUUCUGGCACUCUGACCGACCUCGGAAUCCUUAAAGUGCCGAGGGCUCGGACUGGAAUUGUCAACUUUACGGUUUCGAUCACUAUGGAAACUGGCCUACGUUAGUUUUAAAUCGCUUAGUCGCAUUUGAAGUUGGUUCUUCAGAAAAUUCCUACAACACGAACGGCGUCCGAAUGACGUUCAGUCAAACUGGAAGCGCCGAUCAGUUCGUUGACUUGUCAGCUCCUUUGGUUGGAAAUCCAUGCAUUUCACACAUUACCACAACCUUUUUGUAGGCGAACACAAACUAUUACUACGGAAGUGUUCAACUCAAACCACGAGCCGAUUGCAAAGUAACUUUGCAAACGACUCAAACUGGCGCGAAUGUUUUUGUCCGAAUUUGGACGUCAAGGUAUAAAUAAUAUACACGGUCUCCGGAGCGUGGCCUCGGCCAAAUAGCGCUUUCAUGAAUUGAGCAGGUUUUCUCUGAUUUUUGUGGUCAAAGGCGAUGAAAAAUGAUUGUUCGACAUAAAAACACACUAAUUCGCAGAAUUAAUGACGUUUUGGCGCAUUUUUCGCGGACUUUGCUUUUUCGCCGAUCGCCGCCUAAAAACCGCACUUCUCAUUUUGCGCUUUCUUGACCGUUUUCAGACAGAAUUGGUUUUGAGAAUGAUAAAUCACGUAAAUACAAGCAUUUUGAGCGCACGAACCGCGAAAAUUACCGAAAAACAACUGAAAUUCACGCAAUUUUAGCUAAAAACCUUCAAACGGAUAAAUGUGAUUUGCGACUUGACCAAAUUUGACGCUCUUACGCUUAAGAAAUUUGUAAUAGCCUAUACAAUCGGUAUAUCGAGAGAAAAAUCAGAAAUUAUCGGUUUUUCGCGGCUAAUCUGGCAAAAAACACAAAUUUUGCUGUUAAAAUUUGUAUUUCGCGCCAAUUUCUAUUGGGCGGGGCGCACUUGCGCUUUUAUUUUUGUCAGUUAACAAUACAUUAGUUACAUACAGCAUGGUCUAUCACUACGGCUCGUAUGCUGCAAUCGAUGAUCCGAUGGGCGGUACGGCCAUUUCACAGGUCGAUGCGUACGGUGGAGCUGCUUUGAGGAUGCGUCUGAUGAACGAUUGUUAUAGUGAUUAUGAGGUAUGUUUGAACUGUUUUUUCAAAACUUUCUUUCAUCCUACUUCUUCCAGGCAUCGAUAAUAAUCACCGAUUGUCGUGGAGCUGUGAGCGCCAAGUACGAUUCGGUUCAAACCAUUCCGACGCAGUACAUCUUCGUGGAUGAGGGAAGCUUCCCGCACUACCCAUUCGUUCCAUUUUUCUGCGGUUCGAACGCUGCAAACGCUGGAGAAAGUUGCGUGCCCGGAACCUUUGACAAGUACGAUAUCCAAUUCGUGGCUGGCGAGUUCACAGUCGUCCGAUCAUUCCAAUGUCGGCCAGGAGUCGGACGCGUUGAUCCGAAAUGUCAGAACAUUGACGAUAACGGAAAUGUGUACUGUAACAGAACCAGCAUUCCGUACAUGAGAGGUGAGAGGACGCACUGAUAACAGUAUCCUCAAGAUUUUGUGUUCAGGACCAACUGGACAGCUGACCGACUGCCUCGGCCAUGGCCAUUUGGAGUUCGACUUCGACGACACCCAAUCCUAUAUUUGUGUGUGCGAUGAUAGUUAUAGUGGGGCAUCGUGUCAGACGCAAGUUUAG